UUCAAGUGAUGUAGUUAGUAGUACUUUGUGAAAUAUUUUUUCCCUCCGAUAAUGACUUCCGUUCCCUCCUUCUUGUUCAUACUAACAAAAAGGUACCGUCUACUAUUUUAGCAAUCAUAUUAAAUUGAGUAACUCACUCACUCACUCAUCAUCUUCACUCUAUCUACCGAAAGGAGAAUACUGAAUCAUCAUCAUUAUCAUUAUCAUGAAGAAUCGCAACGCCACAAAACCCCGAAAUUACCCCUUAUCGGAGCUUCAAUCACAUAACCCGGACCACGUCCUCGAGAUUGUCCUAGAAACCGUACUCCAAUUCCUCACUUCACGACGCGACCGAAACGCCGCCUCAUUGGUCUGUAAAUCAUGGUGGCGAACGGAUGCACUCACCAGAUCGGAACUCUUCAUAUCCAACUGCUACGCAAUCUCUCCCCGCCGCGUUGUAUCCCGGUUCAGCCGCAUCCUGUCUGUCACCAUCAAAGGUAAGCCACGUUUGGCUGAUUUCGAUAUGUUGCCGGCCGAUUGGGGGGCUCAUUUCUCUCAGUGGCUCACCGCCUUCUCCACCGCUUACCCAUGGCUUGAGAAGGUUCACCUCAAACGCAUGUCUGUCACCGACGACGAUCUUUCUCUCCUCGGUGAUUCAUUUGCCGCAUUCAAAGAACUCGUCCUCGUUAGUUGUGAAGGUUUCGGAACCCCUGGACUCGCCGCUGUUGCCACCAAGUGCAGGUUGCUGAGAGUGCUUGAUCUUGAGGAAUCUUUGGUUGAUAUUAAUGUUAGCGACUAUAGCGGAAUAGUUGAUUGGAUAUCAUGUUUUCCAGAGGGUGAAACCCAUUUGGAAUCUCUUGUUUUUGAUUCUGUUUUCUCACCGAUUAAUUUGGAGGCGUUGGAGAAGUUGGUUGCUAGGUCUCCUUCAUUGAAGAGGCUGAGAGUGAAUGGACACGUUAAAAUAUUUCAUCUAUACCGUUUGAUGCAUAUAGCACCACAUCUAACGGAUCUUGGAACAGGUUCUUUUGAUGUACCAGAAGAUACCGAGGAUGAUGAACUGGUUUUUGAGUCUCCAUUUGCGGCUUCCAAGUCCUUAGUUUGUUUAUCUGGAUUCAGGGAUAUUUUGCCCGAGUACCUACCUGACAUUUAUCCUGUUUGUGGUAAUCUCACAUUUUUGGAUUUCCAGUAUGCUGAUAUUAUUGAUACAGAUCAAAUCAAAUCGGUUGUUUCUCGUUGUCAUAAACUACAGACCCUUUGGGUCCGUGAUGCAAUAUUUGAUGAGGGCCUACAGGUAGUAGCUCAAACUUGCAAAGAUUUGCGCGAGCUUCGUGUUUAUCACCUUCACGCAAGUGAUGGGGUAGAAGCUCCGGUUUCUGAGGUAGGAUUGGAAGCGAUUUCUCGAGGCUGUAGGAAAUUGCAGUACAUUAUGUUUUUCUGUCAAAGAAUGACAAAUGCAGCUGUGGUAGCUUUGUCAAGGAAUUGCCCUAAUCUUGUAGUGUUUCGACUAUGUAUAAUCGGGCGUUAUAUGCCAGAUGCAUUGACUCAACCACCCAUGGAUGAGGGUGUUGGUGCUAUUGUUAUGAACUGCAAGAAGCUCACUCGACUUGACGUGUCUGGUUUUUUGACUGAUCGAGCUUUUUCUUACAUUGGGAAGUAUGGGAAGUUGAUUAGGACACUGUCAGUUAAUUUUGCUGGAGACACAGACUUGGGGCUCAAGAAUGUGCUACAAGGAUGUACUAAUCUGCAAAAGCUUGAAAUCAGGGAUGGUCCAUUUGGGGAUGGAGCUCUGUGUUGUGGUUUGCAACAUUUCUACAACAUGAGGUUUCUCUGGAUGUCUUCCUGUAAAGUGACUCGCCAAGCUUGCCAAGCAAUUGCACAGACACUGCCCCAUCUGGUGUUGGAAGUCAUCAAUACUGCACAAGACCCAGUUGAUGACGUCGAGUUACUUUACAUGUAUCGGUCUCUUGACAAGCCAAGGGAUGAUGCUCCAAAACUGGUCACCGUCCUUCAUUAGUUUUUUAAAAAUCCAACAUUUUGUAGCUUUGUUCUGUGACGGCUGCUGAAUUAAAUGAUAGUGCGGGUAUUAUUUUAAAACAAACUUGCCAGAAGAUUUGUUAAUCAGAGCCACCGAGUGCAUGCCUCAACCAUUCAAUUAACACUCAUGUUAAAUGGUGCUCAGUUCAGUUGCUCACGCCUCACAGGCCUGUUCUUCCUUUGUUGUGCACCUGUGUAUUUUUGCUAACUAAAGGCAAAAUGAACCUUCCAAAAGAAAGCUUCCCAAUGACAAGUUCUUAAUUUCUCAGUUUCAUUUUAUCAAUUUUUUGCCAUUUUGAUAAAAUAUUAAUUGGAAAUAACAAUGAUAAUUGUGGGUCCCCAUGAUCUUAGUUUUGGUAGGGAAAUCGCAUUUUACAUA